UAAAAAAAAGAAACACUCUCUCUUAAGUCUUAAUCCACACUCUCUCAUCAAGGUCAUUAAACUUAAAUGUCUGGUUUUAAUUACAGCGACUCGGUAAGCUCAUCUGAAUCCGUCAGUAACGGCGUCAACUCACAGUCACAGAUGUUCUUCCGUAACCCGAGUUUCAGCAACGUUAUCUUAAACGAUAACUGGAGCGAUUUGCCGUUAAGUGUCGACGACUCACAAGACAUGGCUAUCUACAACACUCUCCGUGACGCCGUUAGCUCCGGCUGGACACCUGUCGUUCCUCCCGUUUCCUCUCCGGCGGAGGAGGUUUUCGUCAGAGAAGAGAAGCCUACCGCGAAAGCGAGUGGAUCGCACGCGCCGAGGCAGAAGGGGAUGCAGUACAGAGGGGUGAGGAGGAGGCCGUGGGGGAAGUUCGCGGCGGAGAUAAGGGAUCCGAAGAAGAACGGAGCUAGGGUUUGGCUCGGGACUUACGAGACGCCGGAGGACGCGGCGGUGGCUUACGACCGAGCGGCGUUUCAGCUUAGGGGAUCCAAGGCUAAGCUUAACUUCCCGCAUUUGAUCGGCUCUUGUAAAUACGAGCCGGUUAGGAUUAGACCUCGCCGUCGCUCGCCGGAGCCGAAUGUAUCCGAACAGUUAUCGCCGGAGCAGAAGACGGAGAGCAGCGUGGAAGAUGGCGAGUCUAGGUUCGUAGUUCCGGAGUUGGAUUUCACGGUGGAUCAGUUUUGCUUCGAUGGUAGUUCAUUAAUGGAUCAAUCUGAGUAUAAUCGGAUAUGAUUAGUUUCAUUAACUAAAGACUUAAAAAUAAAAAAAAAGAUUGAAUAAGCAAAAAUUUGAUUUAUCGAGUUUGCUUUGUAAUAUGAACCAUUUGAUCCAUGACUUAAAGAGGUUUUGAUCAUGAUCAUAUGUCAUGUGAUGGAAACUAUAUAUAUAUAUAUAUAUGUGGAGGUUUGUUUUAA